UGAAUAUGAAGUCACCAGGAAUACCGUUUAUUUUGUCCUGUGUUGUGUUUUGGCACCAUGUCAUAUUUGGAGAGUACCGCGAGUAUGUGACAAGGCCAACCCUAUACGGUACGAUCCGGGGGGUCGUGACCAACCGCCUCGCGGGCGAGCACGUGGAACAAUACUUGGGCGUGCCCUUCGCAGCCCCACCCAAACACAGCCUACGGUUUGAGCGCCCCCAAAGACCCCGGUCCUGGGAGGGUGUCUUGGAUACUCUCGAGCUUCCUCCUGCCUGUCCUCAGAUGCACGAUUUCCAAUAUGUCCACCAACAUUACCCCGACUUCUGGAACGAAGACGAGGACUGUCUCUAUCUCAACAUAUUUGUUCCCUUGAAUACGUCUACAAAUAAUCCACUUCCGGUGUUGCUGUACAUCCACGGUGGGUCCAAUGAAGUCGGAAUGGGUGGCAUGUUUGACGGGGAUAUUCUGGCAGGAUUCGGGGACAUCAUCGUCAUCAAUUUCAACUACAGACUCGGGGCCUUCGGCUUCUUUGGUGCGAAGGAGGAAGGUUUAGAGGGAAACUAUGGGUUCCUCGACCAGGUGGCAGCCAUGAGAUGGGUCAAUGGCAACAUCCAUUUUUUUGGCGGUGAUCCUAAACGCGUGACGAUAGAUGGUCACAGCGCAGGCGCAGCGGAUGUAGGAUUCCAUUUAAUUUCUCCUCUUACUAAAGGUUUAUUCCAGUAUGCCGUCAUACAGAGCGGAUCACCUUUGGCUUUCUGGGCCAUGGCGAAAUCUUCCUGGAAAAAGGGAUACAAUGUAAAUCUGACUUGUCAGGAUUACUGGUGUCCCUCGGGCUCCAACUCCGUAGACUAUAAACAGUUCCUGAAGGAGCUGCCCAUGAGCCAGAUCAGGUUUAUACCAGGAAGGACGACAGCAAGUAACCUGAUAACCUUUCCCGCCGUCGUUGAUGGUUACUAUCUAAAGGAGAGACCGGAAAUGACGUUCCAGACAGGCAGAUUCCAUGGCGAGGCCUAUCUGAUGUCUUUCACCAGAGAUGAGGGUUCAGAACAUGCUCAAGUACUUCUGGACCAGUAUGAUAAAAAGGAGGAAUUUUCAAAAGAAAUGUUUAAGAAAGUGUUACAGCUUUACAAAUCAGCAUUUCCUAACGUUUGUGGCCUUACAGAAUUGAUCCUGCAUGAGUACUCUAACUGGAACUACCUCCGCCGAGAGAAUGAGUCCCUUCUCAACUUUAUCGAGAUGGAGAGUGAUCUGGUUUUUGUCGCCCCAAUGAUUAACAUGGCCAACAUGAUGGCAGAAUGGACGAGACGCUUGUUUCUAUUCCGAUUUGAGCACACAUCUCAUCUUGCACCAGGACCAAAAUGGAAGGGUGUUCCGCAUGGCCGAGACUUGUUUUACAUAUUCGGAGCUCCAUUAGUCGGACACCCCCUUUACACGUAUAGCGAGACGGACAAACAGGCCAGUCGCACCGUGAUGACUCUAUGGAGUAACUUCGUAAAACAUGGAUUCCUGACCCUGGACGGAGAGACACCGUACCUUAUCUACAACACGUCAACGCGCUCCAUUAAUCGUCUACUCUUGGACGAAGAGAAACUGAACAUCCAAGCCCACCCCAACUUCAAGCCUAGAAAAAUGGCAUUUUGGAACACAUUUCUACCUCAGAUGGACAAGUCUGGCUGUAUCUGUUCCGCCAGUGGCUUGUCCUUAUAUGUAGACUACGUCCUCCUGUCAAUAUCCUUACUAUUAUCUGUGUGGUGUGUGGGGCGUGGACUAGACAGCUGAUGAUUCACAUGGCUUUGUACUGUUGAAUAUUUUUAUAUAUUUCCACCUUCAUAAAAUACAUGAAAUUCAAUUAUUGAAAAUAGGGUGCUGCAAAAUGGCACAAGUGCACCAUGCGUAUUCAUCAAUUUGCCAGAGACUGU